GGACAACUAAUGAAUGGUACCUCUGUCUCUUGCUUCACUAUAAAACGUUUCCACCAUUGAACCUUUUUCUUUCACUCAUUUCUUAAUUAAAUCAGCUACAUUAUAUCACAUUCUCCAUUGCGAAGCUCGCUAUGGCGGCUGCUUUGAGAUCAUCAUGUUUCUGUUUUGUUCCAUUGCUUAUUGUUUUGAUACUAUUCAUCAAUACGUCUGCCGAUAACAGUAUUGAAGAAGCAAAGCAGUUUCAGGGGUUAAGGAAUUCGACUAUGAUGAACAGGUUCAGUCGGAACGAUGAACCCACGCAUGAACAUGCAGUAGAUGAUCCAGCUGCCAUUUCUUCCAUGGUGAAUAUGAGCAUUAGAAAUAGCACAGAGAGGAGGAAACUGGGCUACUUCUCAUGUAUGACGGGAAAUCCUAUUGAUGAUUGUUGGCGAUGCGAUCGCAAAUGGCAACGUAAUCGCAGACGCUUAGCCGACUGUUCAAUUGGCUUUGGACGCAAUGCCAUUGGUGGCCGAGAUGGCAGGUUUUAUGUUGUGACCGACGCAGGUGACGACGACCCUGUAAAUCCCCGACCUGGAACACUUCGUCAUGCUGUAAUUCAAGAUGAACCAUUGUGGAUAGUGUUUAAACGUAGCAUGCUCAUCACCCUUAAGCAAGAAUUGAUCAUGAACAGUUUCAAGACAAUUGAUGCUCGUGGUGUGAACGUGCAUAUCGCGUAUGGGGCUUGUAUUACUAUCCAGUUUGUUACUAAUAUCAUCAUUCAUGGUCUUCAUAUUCAUGAUUGUAAACCAACUGGUAAUGCCAUGGUUCGAAGCUCACCAUCACAUUAUGGUUGGAGGACUAUGGCUGAUGGUGACGCCAUUUCCAUUUUUGGUUCGAGCCAUAUUUGGGUCGAUCACAACUCUCUCUCUAAUUGUGCUGAUGGUCUUGUUGAUGCUAUCAUGGGUUCAACUGCAAUUACCAUCUCAAACAAUUACUUCACCCAUCACAAUGAGGUGAUUUUAUUGGGGCACAGUGACUCCUAUGUCAGAGAUAAGGUUAUGCAGGUAACUAUAGCUUUCAACCAUUUUGGGGAGGGUCUCAUCCAGAGAAUGCCAAGAUGUAGGCAUGGUUAUUUCCAUGUGGUGAACAAUGACUACACACACUGGGAGAUGUAUGCCAUUGGUGGUAGUGCUGAUCCUACAAUUAACAGCCAGGGCAACAGAUACCUUGCACCAGUGAAUCCUUUUGCCAAAGAGGUGACGAAAAGAGUGGAACCAUGGGAAGGAUCAUGGAGGCACUGGAACUGGAGAUCAGAGGGAGACCUUAUGUUGAAUGGAGCAUAUUUUACAGCAUCUGGGCGUGCUGCUCCAGCCAGCUAUGCAAGAGCCUCGAGCUUAGCUGCUAAAUCAUCUUCCAUGGUGGGAACUAUUACCUCGAGCGCCGGUGCACUUUAUUGACACUUCGGUUACCAAUGUUGGUGUCGAGCACAUCGACACAUCUAGUGACCUCAAACAUAACAUCAGAACACCUUUACCUGUCCAUUGAAUUCAGCAGUCUAGCCAAUUCUCUCUGAUCAUCUUUCUUUUCUUAGUUUGUGUCUGCCCCGAGUCAUAUCUUGAGCAGGGGUGGACACAUAAUAUUAAGGAUGGGUUCAAUUUAACCCACCCUUUUAAGCUUAAAACCUUAAUAUAUAUGUGAGAAAUCCUAAAAUGUUGUAUAAAUAUAAAUUCUGAACUCAUAUUUCAAAGAGCGCACAAUCUUGAAUCCACUUCUGCUCUUGAACAUAAGGUCCUAGGAAACUACAUUUAUUUGGAACCUGUUUGUCCAUUACACUUGUCUUAAAAGUACCCCGUGCUCAACUUCACCAACUCUACUGGAAAUAUAAUUCUAGUGUCACCGGAGAAGUUUCUGAGAUGUUAUCUUCUUUUUCAUGUCCAUAUCCUAUAUACCAAUUCAUCACUAUAAGAAUCUUGUUCACCAGAAUUAUAUUUCAGAGUGGGGAUCCAAAUAUGCAUAUAUUUUCCCCUCCUCUCCAUAUGGUCAAUUUAGAUGUGCAUGGAAUCUGAAAGAUUGUGAAAAUAAAGGACAAAAAGAUAUGAAAUUUAAAUUUUUAGGUUGCUUUCUUGUUAUAGAUGUUCAGCUUCAAGAGUAUUGUUGUAAUUGUUAUCCUUAUAAUAUAUAUGUAAUUACUGUGAAUUCUGCUUCAAAUUUAUAUAUGUCAGUGUCCUCUUUCCCUCCUA